CUGGAAUUCACUUUAUUUUCCUUUCUGGGCAUUAUUGGAAAAGCAUUCCAAAGAAAGGUCUUUCUAACUCAGAGAUACUUUUCUUUUGUUUACCUGAAUUGUAUUAAUCUGUAAGAGUACUAUUUGGCAAUUCCUUUUCAGUCCUGAUUGUAUUUCUCUUUGAUGUCGAUAGUCUUCAGUAGAGCAUCAACCCCUUAAGAUUUGGACAUGUCCUUCAUAUUUGAUUGGAUUUACAGUGGUUUCAGUAGUGUAUUGCAGUUUUUGGGACUGUAUAAGAAAUCUGGUAAACUAGUAUUUCUUGGAUUGGACAAUGCUGGAAAAACUACACUGCUGCACAUGCUCAAAGAUGACAGACUGGGACAACAUGUACCUACAUUGCAUCCCACCUCAGAAGAGCUGACAAUUGCUGGUAUGACUUUUACAACUUUUGAUCUGGGUGGACAUGCUCAAGCUCGCAGAGUGUGGAAAAAUUAUCUGCCUGCCAUCAAUGGUAUUGUGUUCCUGGUGGACUGUGCUGAUCAUGAGAGAUUGGCUGAGUCAAAAGAAGAACUCGAUUCACUAAUGACAGACGAAACUGUUGCUAACGUGCCUAUCCUAAUUCUUGGUAACAAGAUUGACAGACCUGAAGCCAUCAGUGAAGAGAGGUUACGUGAGAUGUUUGGUUUGUAUGGCCAAACAACAGGAAAGGGCAACGUGUCACUGAAAGAACUGAAUGCAAGACCACUGGAAGUCUUCAUGUGCAGCGUGCUAAAGAGACAAGGCUAUGGAGAAGGAUUCCGUUGGAUGGCACAAUACAUUGAUUAAUGCCAAAAUCGCAUCAGUACAUUUUGUUCCAUGUCUGAAUAUUGUCUGCUCAUUAUUUGAUCACUCAGUGUACAUAAUUUAAACUCAGUAGACUUUGUUUGGUUACAAAAGCAUAUGUUUUUUAGAUUAUUAAAUCAACUAUGCUAAACUGAAAGUGUGAGGAUUGAAAAAUGAUUUUAAGCAAGUUUAUAAGACUGACUAUCACAACAUGUUAGCUUUCUAAUCCCAUAACAUAAGUCUUUUGAAAUUUAUAACUUGACAAUAGUCUUCAGCACCAUUUUUUGACAGUGAUUUUCCAGUACAGUACAUUUGAAUGCACUUUUUAACAGCUAAAAACAGGAGACAUGUAAACAACAUUUAAUGCUCGUUGUGUUAAAUUUGUAUGUACUUUUUUGAAACUGGUUUUAUAAAUUUAGAAUAUAUAACCAUCUCAAGGAACAAUAAAUAAUUAGCAUAUUGAUAAUUGCAUGAUGCCUUACAGCUUUCAAUAAUACACUUUCUUAUGCAAGCAACGUCAUGCAAUAAAACUAAAUCCAAUUUUUGGCAUCUUUGAUGGGAAAUGUUUCAUUUUAAUGUGUCUUAACUAGUGAGGAUGUCUGAAGAUUUGAGUAAGUGGGAUAUCUUCCUGAAACAUUUAGGCCACAAGAUAGUUUUGGUGUACUUUAGAAAAUUAUAAGCUUUUCAAACUACUUGAUUGCAUUGAUUAGGAUUUUGCAUUAACAUGAGAAUAAUCUAAUUAGAUGCCCUACCAACCACUAAACUGUAAUUUAAAAAUAUAUAUAAAUUAAUGUGUACAUAUACAAUUCUUUAUCUAAAGCAAAAUUGAGCUCAUUUAUUGUUUUGUGAAUUAAAAUGAACUUGUAAACUGACAUUACCUUGAAGAAAUUAAAAAAAAAAAAAAAACCCACCCGUGUGAAAUAAUACUCUCCUAGUUCAAUAGACCAUGAUUGUGCCAGAGGAGUUGAUUCUGAAUAACCUGUAAUUCCCAGAAAGGCAUUUGCUGAUGUUACAUGUGGAAACUCAUGCCAUCUGUCACACGACUGGAUGUGAGUUUUAGCCUUUCUUUUUGUCUAAGGCUUUUUUUGGACAGUUUUACGAUGUUGGCAAACUGUAUGUAAUGCUUUGGAGUCUGAGAUGACUUAUUUCUGAGAUAAAGUUUUGGUAUCACUAAGACUGGUGGUCUGGCAUUUGACUGUUCCUUUCCCCUUUCUUCUGCAUGCAUUACUACUUUUGAAAAGAAUGAAGAUUAUUUUCUAAGUGGAAAGUGGUAGAGCACAUAUGUCGAUUUCUUGUUGCUAUUAGUUGGUACUUACUGUUGAACUGUGGUCUGUUUGUUGUAGGAUGUCUCAUUCUGUAGCCUUCAUCUGAACCUAUUUAUGGCAGGUGGGGCUGAUAUUUUACAUAAA